AUGCCGUCCAAAGGAGAAGUGCCUAGUCUUGUUGGUGCAAGCGUUAGAUCCGUGAAGCUUGAAUCGGAUUACGACGAAGCUUCGUACCGUUCCCCUUCCAGAUCAGCCCACAAAGUUACAAGGGAUGAACGUACUGGGGAGAAGCACUACACCACCGUCAACGAGCUGGCCAGCGAAGGUGCGCUUCUGAACGAUGAGUUUGAAUACGACGAAUUACUCGAUGACACUGGCAAGGUGAAACAAGGAGUCUCCGGUGCUGUUAUUGUGGAUGCCUCGUCGUCCCCUUCAAAGGACAAACCGGCUUCUGCGAAGGUCGCAUCAACUGACGAUGACGUUCUGGCUGCUAAGAAGGACCCCUCUGGUAGUGGUGACGAGUCCUCGUCGAGUUUCGUUGUUGUUGACGCUGUCAGCGACAAGCUUCAUCGUCCGGAUCUGGUUGCUGAUACACCGUCGCUGUCGUCCGCUGCGGCCAGUGAAGGGUCCUCUAUCUAUUCGCUGAAGAACCAGGAUUCAGGAAUGUCCUUGGAGGACUUGAUCGACUCGCAAAUUGCAUCAAUGUCAGCUAUGACGAGUGAUUUGCAAAAGAGUAUCUCUGAAAAGAGAAUGGGGGGAAGAUCCAGAUCAAGACCUCAGAUGAAGUCAAGCUUGAGUCAGAGUAUCAUUCCAACAUCUGUCAUUGAGAAUGAUUCCCUUCAGCAAGUUCCAGCAGGAGCCCCGGAAGGUAUGGAGUCGCCACUAGUUCAGUCAAGAUCACAGUCAAUGGCUGCACCUGUUAGCAGAUCGAAAGAUGUGACCGUUGAAAGACCGCAUUUGGCCAAGGGUGAUUCCUACAAGGGGACUGUUGAGUAUGCGCAUGAGACUAGAACAGGGAGAGCUGCCGACCGUACCUUAGAUACGUUCAGAUCUUUCAGAGCAGGCUCGAGAGACUAUUUGCGCUCUGUGUCUCGCUCAAGAUCUAGGGUCAACGAGGAGCGUCAAGUUACAAACGAAGACCUUUUGAAUGAAGGUGUUUUGAUCAACGAUGAGCUGGACCACGUUCCAGAACUUGUUGACCGCAUCGACUCGGUUGCAGAAGAGGCUGAUCUCUCUUCUCGUAAAAAUGAUUCUCGUUCUGCUUUCUCUGAUUUGAAAAGAACUUCAAUUUCAAUAUUUGAAGAGAAACUCAACGAGGACGAAAAUGAAGUCAUAACUAGUGCUCCUCAAGGCGACGUUGAAGACGAGGUUGAUAUUAUUGAGAAAUCAGAGAACGAGAAUGCCAAAAAAUCACUUGCUGAUAUUGAGGCUUCCGCAGUGACAGAACAACCUACCGAAAAGAAAGCAGUUGUUAAGGAGCAAGAGCCUGAAGCUGUUGAACAAAAAGCACACGAAAUCUCAUCACUCAAAGAUGAGGAUUCAGUUGUGGUUGGUGCUCCUGAAGGUGAUGUUGAGGAUGAAGAAGAUGCAAUUAAAGAGCUGAAGAGUGAUGCAGCAAAGAAAUCACUUGCUGAGGUGGAACCCUUGACAGUUGAAACCACUGCGAGGACUGUGAAAGCUGAAGAUUCGGAAACAACUGAUGCGAGCAUUGUAGAGGAUGAUUCUCUAAAAGCUGCUACCAUAAGCAGUGUAGAGACUGAAACUUCGGCCAAACCAGCAGAUGCGAGCAUUGUGACUGCCAACGCAUCUGAAACAGUUCAGACUACCUCAAAGACUGAUGAUACUGAGAAGCAAUCAACUAAAGUAGGAUUAGAAACGGCCAUCACUGAUAAUCUUAACACAUCCAUCUCUGAUGAAGAGACUGAGACAGUUAAAGAUCUUGAAGUUCCAAAAUCAGUCAGCGAGGGAGAGAAAUCUGGAAUUCAAGAAGGCCCGGAGGGAGACGAGGAAGCAGAUAAAGAGGACGGAGAACAAGAAGAAGAAAAGGAUGAUAAAGAGGAUGACAAACAAGAGGAUGAAGAGGACGUGAAACAAGAGGAGGAACAGGAGGACAGGGACGAAGACAAAACUGUCGAAGACACUGCUGUUGAACCUUCGAAUGAUAGUAACGAAACUUCAAUCUCUGAAACUGAAACUCCUACAGAAUCAGUCAACUUUGAUGAAAAAACUGCUGCUGACUCUGAUACAAAGUCUGUUGCAGUGGAAGAGAGCGAGAGUAUUGAGGAGUCAGUGCCCGUUAACCUGGAAGAUGAGGAGAGCGACAUUGUAGAAGAAUCUGUCAAGGACACUCGUCCUCUUGAAGAUUCCAAGGCUCUUAAAGAUGUCGACCCCGUCGAAAAGGCUUCUCUCAAUGUUCCUUCGGUAGAAACUGAUAAGCCUGAUCUCGAUGAUCUUAGUGAUGACAAAUCGAUUGGUCAACUUAGUGAGGGUGUCUCCAAACUGUCUGUCGCAGAUGCCACAGAGAAACUAAUCAGCGAGAUUGAAGGCGUGUUAGGAGCUGAUGUCACUAAAGAGAAUGAGGAUGAGGUCGAUCAAGAAGCUGAAAAUCUGGCAGAUGAAAAUGAGGAGAACUGUUCUUCAAAGGAGCUGGAGUCUAGAGAGUCGGUUGAUGAGACUGAAGAGCCUGAGGAGGUAACCUCCAAGAAGCUCGAAACUGAUGAAUCUGAAGAAACUGUCUCCAAGAACGAGCCUGCUUCUGUUGACAAGGCUAAAGUAGAUGAUGGCUUUGAUGAUUUGCACGAACCUUCGAAGGAUGAGAUUAUCGAGCUCUUGAAAGAUGAACCAGUGUAUAUUUUUACCUCACUUGCAGGUGGUGGCUUCUUCAUGCCUCAAAGAACAAACAAACUUGCCACCAUUCUCACUGCUAACCGUAUCCCAUUUACCUAUAGGGAUCUGGGAACCGAUGAGGAAGCUCGUAAUGUCUGGAGACGUUAUUCAAAGGGUCGCUCUCCACCAGGAGUUGUUAGAGGCAAAGAUGACAUCAUUGGGAACUGGGAAGAGAUUGAAGAGGCCAACGAAGAUUACAGAGUGAGAGAAUUGAUUUAUGAAACCCUUUAA